UGGCUAUCGGCAGCUUGUGGAGGUGAGCUGGUGGGCACUGAGUUGUGUCCAUGUCCAGUUAGCCAGUAUGUGUACUUGUUCUGACCCAUCUGUACCAAACCAUUGGUACUUAUCCAGUCACGUCCACCCAUCCUUACCAACUGGCUGCACUAAAUCAGUGGCAGUAAGCUAGCCACUCCCACUACUUUUCACCAACCCACCUGCUUCUACCCGGCCGCACCCAACCAUCCCCGCUCACCUGGCUGUUGUUUGCCAUCCUAUUCUGCCCUGGCUCAGUCUUUCUCUCACUACAGAUUUCAGACACCCCUGGAAGACGUCAACCUUUUCAGGAAUGGUCCUCUUUGAUCUUCGUGCUAAUGAGUUUUAAGACCUGCAGUUUCUUUUGUAUAGGCUUGAGGAAUACAUCCUCUGGACUACAACCUAACAUAUGGUCCUGACUCCUGAUUAUCACCAAGCAUCAGCACCUGACUUUGGAAGAAAUGCAAAAUCUACAAAUAGAGGACAGAGCACAAAAUGGUGGUUAUAGUCUGAAUCCUGAUUAUGUAUGUAUUUAUUUAUUUUGGUAACCCAGAAAGCUUGGAAGAUGCCAGGAGAAAUGAAAGGGGAAGAAAGAGAUUCUGGAUGUAGUGAGCAAUUGACUUCUAAGGAGACAACUGAAUCUGCUCUUGGAAACUCUGAUGCAAAGCCUACAAGAAAUGCUGGUAAAAACAAAGCUCUCAUACAUAAGUACAUUUCAGACAAAAAGAUUAUUAUUAUAGUAGCUAUUAUUGUGAUCGUCGUUUUGAGUAUUGUCAUAAUUUCAUUGGCUGUUAAAAAAUCAGAAACAUGUCCACUUUGUCAUACCUCUGCAAGCCAAGGUGCUGCCUGCCCAGAUUUCUGGAUUGGAUAUAGAGAAAAAUGUUUCUAUGUAUCAAAAGAAGAAACGAAUUGGUCUCUCAGUUUAAUAACCUGUUCCUCGUUUAAUGCAUCCUUGGCUGUGAUUGGUAGUCAGAACGAAUUGGAUUUUUGGGUGGGUAUAUUAGGUCCCUUUCAUUACUGGUUUGAUCUCUCAAGAGAAGUUAACCAGGUCUGGAAAUGGUCCAAUGGCACAAAGUUUAAAAAUCAGUUUCCAGUGCGAGGAGAAGGCUUCUGUGCAUAUAUAAAUGGAAAAGGGGCUGAUAGUACCAUAUGCUCCAUGGAGAAGCAUUUUCUCUGCAGCCAGCCAGAAAGUUGCGGCAACAAUGGAUGACACAACCACCUCAAAAGAGGAGACCUCCUGUCUUAUCUCAAUUCAUUGGAGAAGCACAUGUGUGUAUGUAGUGUCUCCUGGCACAUUCAGACUCUCCUGGCACACCCAGACUUGAUGCUUGCCAUAUCAACUUUAGUUGGAUCCUAGUUUAACAAAGCUGUAAUGUUCCUAAUCUACAGAGAGUCCUUGAUUUACGACAAUUCAUUUAGUGACCAUUUGAAGUUACAACGGCACUGGAUAAAGUGACUUAUGACUCACAAAUGAAGGGAAAUAUAUGUGUUCCAGGAUAAUGUUGCAGGACCCAAUCUAGAUCAGUCACUGGGACCAGAGGUUUAGUCUUCCAAGCUUUUGGACUCGUGCUGGAACCCAUCUUCAAGGAAGUUCUUGAAGAGUGUGUGCUUUAGGCUAUUCUCUGUGUUGUAUUUAUGUUGUAUGUGGCUUUUUAGAUGUUGAUUGGGGCGUUGAUGGCUGGCUAUUAAGUCAUUGGCUGUUGUUUGUUUGUGCUUCCAAGCCCCCGCCUCCUAAGUACUUGAUAAACUAGAUGUCAACCCUGAAGUGAA